CAAGGGUCAUUUGAGCCAUCCAAAUUAAAUCUUAGGCUAGUGCCAAAUAAAAACGAAUCAAAAGUGAACGCAAUGCGGGAACAUGGUGACCACAAUUAAGAUAACCUGCGAUGGCGUCUUCAUCCAGUCCAACUCGUACCUUAUGCCCUCGCCUCCUCCCAGCGGAGCAGGUGCAGCAGGUUCCUCAUCCUCGGAACGAGAACUAAAAUCCGCCUCAGCAUCUGCAUCUUCAUCUCCAGGAAAUUCGAACAACGAAAGCGAUAAUUCGCAGACGAGCAGUGGCAGUCAGACGGCAUCGAGUGCCGGCAAGCGAUCGAAUCGAUCGGUGGGCCGGAGUCAUCGAGGAUCGGGAGGAGGAGGAGGAUCAGGACACGACACUAGGAGGCGCUACUACUUUGGCACCAAGGACAUCUACUGGUGCAAGCAGAGCAGAGAGGCGGCUUCUGCCGGGGGAACAAUCUCGGGAUCGGCAUUGGGAUUGGGAUUAUCGCGCAGUGCCAGCAGUGUGACCCACAAGGAGGCCCACGCCACCCACACUGGUGGCCAGGUGAUCUCCCGGGCUCGUCGCAAACCCAUCCUUCUUUGCAGUAGCCUGAGUGCCGCCUACGCACCUCCUCGCCGACGCGAGUUCUACUUUUGCGACAAGUAUGCCCCAAAUCCGGGGAGGAGUACGCCGACUACACCUUCCCCAUCAUCCGCGACAUCUGCCAAAAACGAAUCCUCCCCGCCCAUCGAUGCCCGUCUGCUGAACUUCCUGCGCUGCGCCCACCGCAAGUUCCAGGCGGCCAAAACCAAAUCGGAGCUCCAACAGACCAAAGACAAAUCCUUGGGAAAUUCCCGGGAGCGGACAAAGAAAAACGGACAACAGACGUCUCGCUCUCUUCCGCCCAUCGCCAGCUCGGAGGAGUGGUUCGACGAGGAAGCCUUAACCAGGGAGACCAGCCCGGUGAAGAGCCAGCAGAAGCCCAAGCAGAAACGGGAGGAGAACGAGAACGAGAAGGUUAAGGAGAAGGAGAAGGAACCCCUCUCGAGGAAGGCGUCCGGCGAGGGUGAUCUGAUCACCGUUGAGAUCAAGCAGGGACCGGUGAGAACAGCUAUGAACAGCCACGCGACCGCCACGCAGAACGGACAAACCACGGUCGUUGGACACCAUCGCGGAUUCUCGCAGCCCUCGGUGACGGUGGCCGCUGCAGCGGCGACGGGCAGUACAGCCGGCGAUCCAUGGUUCCUGCAGACCACCGGCCACCAGAUGCCGCCCACCGCUCCGCUGCGGCACAACAAGCGUCCUGCCCCCCAGCCGAAUGCGGUUCUGGGAGCGGUAGCCAGUGGACCCUCGGCCAAUUCGGCCGUUGGGGCGGUACUGCUCCACCAGCAGCAGCUCAGCCAGUCGCAGCCGCACAUUGUGCCGCCCAGCAUACCGCCGCACCACCACCACCAUCGCGAGAACAAUGUGCAUCCCAGCCAGGCGGGCGCGGCAGCCGCAUUGCAUUUGUCAUCGCAUGCGCUUAAUAGUCAUAAUUUAAUCAGCAGCGCCAGCAAUCAUUCGCCCAAGUCCCCCAGCCAGACGCAGCAGCAGCAACAACAGCAACAGACGACGAGCCAACUGCAGCAGCAACAGGCGUCCCACAGCAUCCUCUCCACGUUUGCGCCCGCCCCCACUGUCCAGUCCGUUCAGCAGCCGGCGGGAUCCCAGGCUGUGGCCGGUACCGCCGCCGCAGUGGCCGCCGUUGCCCAGCAGCAGCAGCAGCAGCACCUCCAGCUGCUGGCCAACUGUACGUCCGGUGGAUCGGGUCUGAUGUCCUCCUCGCUGAAUGCGGCCCAAAUGGCCUUGCACGGCUCGGAGCGGGCGCUGCCGCCAAAGAGUCUGGCGCUGAGUGGAAGCCAGCACGGCAGCAAUAUGCUGCUGCACACAGCCACCCAGCAGACGCAGGCAUCCCAGCAGCAGCAGCCGACGGCGGUGGUCACCGGUGGCAGCGGAACGGCGGGCAUGUCCACCUCGCUGCACAGCUUCGACAUCAACGGGGGCGCCGUUGCCAGCGGGGUGAAUGCGAGCAGUGCGUGGUCCAGUGGCUCCACCACGGCCAUGAAUCACGCCUCCCUCUCGCCCACAGCGAUGGCACCGCAGCAGCAGCAGGGUCGCUCCAGGUGCGAGGUCAAGCUGAACGCCAUGCCGUGGUUCCAUGGCAGCAUAACGCGGGACGAGGCCGAGCAUCUGCUCCAGCCCCGUGAGGACGGAUUGUUCCUGGUGCGCGAGUCCACUAACUUCCCCGGCGACUAUACGCUCUGCGUUUGCUUCCAGUCCAAGGUGGAGCACUAUCGGGUCAAGUACCUGGAGAACAAGCUGACCAUUGAUGACGAGGAGUACUUUGAGAAUCUGGGGCAGCUGGUGGCGCACUACGAGGCUGAUGCGGAUGGGCUGUGCACCCAGCUGAUCAAGUGCUUGCCCAAGCUGGGCAAACAAGAGUUCUGCAUUAACUCCAAAGAUUUCGUGGACAAGGGCUGGGUGAUCCCUGAGGCGGAGCUGCAGCUGCGCGAGAGCAUCGGCAAGGGCGAGUUCGGGGACGUGAUGCUGGGCAUAUUACGCAACGAGAAGGUGGCCGUCAAGAUGCUGAAGGAUGAGGGUGCCGUGCAAAAGUUUCUGGCCGAGGCCUCGGUCAUGACCACACUGGAGCACGACAAUUUGGUCAAGUUCAUCGGCCUGGUCUUCACCAGCAAGCAUCUGUAUCUGGUUACGGAGUACAUGAGCAAGGGAUCACUGGUUGAUUACCUGCGAUCGCGCGGACGACAGCACAUAACCAAAAAGGAUCAAAUCAUUUUUGCCUACGACACUGCCUCUGGAAUGGAGUAUCUGGAAGCCAAAAAGGUUGUGCAUCGCGAUCUGGCGGCCCGCAAUGUUCUCAUCUCGGAGGACUGUGUGGCCAAGGUAUCGGAUUUCGGUUUGGCACGCGAGGAAUGCUACAAUCUGGACGUUGGCAAGCUGCCCAUCAAAUGGACGGCUCCCGAGGCUCUCAAAAAUGGGCGCUUUUCCAACAAAUCCGACAUGUGGAGCUUUGGCAUACUGCUGUGGGAAAUCUACUCCUUUGGACGCGUGCCUUAUCCCAGAAUUCCAUUAGCCGAUGUGGUAAAGCACGUGGAGGUGGGCUAUAAGAUGGAAGCGCCCGAGGGCUGUCCACCGGAGAUCUACGAGAUGAUGCGCCAGGCCUGGGACCUGAAUCCCGCCAAGCGACCCACAUUCGCGGAGCUCAAGGUCAAGCUGCAGCUGCUGAACAAUGCCACGGCGUGAGGAGACACCUAGGGAUUGACGCCAGUGCGAUAGGGAAGAACUAAAGCGGAUUGUUCAGAGACCAGCUGUCAUCAUCAUCAACGGAAGAAUAGCCAAGGGCAGAGCCAAUCCCUGCCAGAAAUGCGCCAGAUCCAAAGCUGAAACAACUGACAUGACACCGACGACACUGAACGCAACAAUUUUUCGUACGAUUAUAUACAUACAUGAAUAUAUAUAACUACUUUACAACAAUUUAUUUACAUAUAUAAUUUAUGGAGUAAGUUUUGUAAGCCUAAGCGAAGAAGGAACCCAACACAAUCAAGCAAUGUUAGUGAGUUGCGCCAGCUUCCGACAUCAAAUUAAUUAAUAACCAACCGAACGGACUACGGAGAAGGAUGAGGAGGAGCAGCUGCGUAGCCUACCUACUACUACCUUUAACUACCACAAUAUUAUGUUAUGUGUACACUGUAACUGUAGCUAUUUAUUAGUUAACACCUUGGUUCGGACUCCACUGUAACAUUUAACUUCUGGAUUCGUCUGUACCACGUCUGUAUCUUUAUGUUUAUAGAAUACGCAUACAUAUGAGCGCCUCCUCCGUUGGGGGAGCCUGUCUAAAGCAAUUGUUUAUAGAAUGUUUCCCUUUGAAAUCGUAGAAACGCCGAGUUUUAUUCGAGUUCCGUACUCCUUAUGUUAACCGUUUCUGUUUGUAGCACAAAACUGAGAGAUGACCACAAAGAACUUGUCCAACAAGUCGUUGGAAAAGAGAUCACGCUGAGAAUUAGUUAAAUUUAGUUACAUUUAUUUGUAUUAAAAAUCAAAAAAUAAAGAAAAGAAAGCAAAAAUUAUGCAAAAUGAGCAAGCGAAACCUAAGCAAAAAAUUAACGAAGGCGGCUGCGGUCGCGUGUCCUUAAACUCAAAAGAAAAAAGAAAGAAAAACACUUGUGAAAAUAUGCAUUACAUUAAACUUCUACAUAUAAUACAAUACACAUUAACUACGUAUUUAGCAUAUGAAUCGAUUAAUAAUAUUAUACAAAUAUAAAUUAUUACGCGCAAAGUUCGUGGAUUUGUUCAUUAUUCGGUCCAUUCUUCUAAAAAAGGAAUCUCCUUCUCUGUACUCUAAUCGAACCGAUGCAGCUAGCGGAAAGGCAAAGGAAAAUUGUAAUUUAUUUUUUAAUACAUACCCCGUAAUUUACUUAAUACCUAAUGCUUAUUUUAAUGUUCUCCUAAGAAACUUGUACAUUUAUGCUUUUUAAUUUCCGAUCAAGCGGCAGCCACCUUGCUUUAACACUUAAUUUUAGUAUACUUUAUGUAAAACACACACACCUAAUACACAACACCCCCUCACAAUCACACAAACACACGUCCACAUGGCAUACAUUUAAUUAAUUUUAAAGUUAUUAUUUUUUUAAAACACACAUCAAUCAAUAUUGUAAAAGAAAGUUCUAUGCUAGCGAAACCCUGGAGAAAGCAACACAAUUUGCACCAAUACACAAAACUUAAACGAGGUGAUUAAACGAAUGCAGAGAGUUCUAAAACUUUUAAUAAAAGUAAAGAAUACAAGCAUUAAA